AUGGACUCAGAUAGCUCCUUAUGAAAAUCCCAAGCUGACGAUCUCCAUUCUAAAUUAGAGAACCUAGAGCAGCUUUUAACAAAAUUUGAAAUAGAAUCCUCAAUUGACGAGUUCCCUACAAAUGAUUUUAUUGAUAGGAAUUUACUCAAUCAAUUUAGCAAGCAUAGAAAACGCAGCAGCGUUGACAGUGUCAGUGCUUUAUUGCAAAGUGACCCUGGGUUAAAUAUAAAUUUAAAAGAUAUUGCAGCAGAUGCCAGAAAGAAAGCAGCGAUUCAGCCUAUUCAAGAAGUGGAUUCAAGAACACCUCCGUUACAGGUAGAAGAAGUAAUUGCAAAUAAUCUUAUAGAAACUGAAAAAACGAGAUCAGAAAGAGGCAGAGUGGAAAAUAAUGAGUAUGAAAAAGUACUAAUGGAAGAAUACAAGAAAUGCGAGGCCAAACUUAUGAUAAAAAACGAAAAAAUCGCCUUACUCAACAAAGAAAACGAACUAAAAAUUAAUGAAAACAUUGAUCUUAAACUUAAAAACAAAGAACUCCACACAAAACUUGAAGAAAAAGACCAAAAAAUCAAGAAACUUGAAGAAAUUAUUUCUUUAAAUUCCAAAGAGCUUAAAACUUCAAAUGAAGAACUAAUAAAAUCUUUUGAAUCAGAAAUUGACAUGAAAACCAUAGAAAUUGAAACUUUAAAACAAAAAAUUUCUUCCCUUGUCAGUAGUUCUUCAAUCACCCAAAAAGACUGACAGAAUGAGAUUGACAUGCUCAGAAAUAAAAAUAAAAAAUUAUUAAUAAUAAAUAAAAACUUUGGUACCGGUAGCUGUUUUUCUAUUCAGUAAAUAAAGCAGGAAAACCUAAUCUGUAUUCAUUAUAAAAGGAUAUAAUAAAAAAACACAAAACUACAAGAAGAAAUUGAAUUUUUAAAGAAAAAUGAAUUAGUCACAAAUAAGCAUAAAGCUGCAGUAGAGAUAGCGAAAAAGAUGAAUAAAAGGUAUAAAGCUAAAAAUCUUGAAAAUUUAAGCCGAGAAGAUUUAAUUGUGCUAUAUUUAGAUUCAGAAGAAAGGCUUAGGCUGCGAGAACAAGAAAUAGCGGAGUAUAAGCAGCUGAUUGACGGUGAUAGAUUGUCUGAAGAGCAAGAUGAGGACUAUUCUUAA